AUGGAGAACAAUAAUGAUGUUGAUUGUCUUCCACUAGAUGACGAGGAAAAUGGUUUAUCCCCUGCAAAGAAAUUUCCUAAAAAAUCUACUGGCCGAGAGAAGAAGGGGCAAGGAGUUCGCCAAAACUAUGUUAUUCGAGAGAUUAUCCCAGUGAAUGAAAAGCUUUUUUCUUUUUACCGUCAACAACAGAUUAUUCCAGAAUCAGAAUGGGACGAUUUUGUAUCUGCUUUAAGGUUUGUUAGUCUACACUUAACCGAAAAUGAAAUGACAUGUUUAAGGAGAGAGUUGCCUGUAUCUUUCCGAAUUCAAUGCUCUCUUCGUGAAAGGGAUCAUUUAGAUGAAUAUAUACAAUCAAAAUUUGUUAAAAAAAUUGAAAAUAUUGCAAAAGAUUCGCCUGAAAUUGAUCCUCCAAGAAGAGUCCCUUUUGUGCCAUAUGCUUAUCAAACAAAAAUGUCUAGAGCUUCAAUUCGAGGACAUCCAAUUUUAAAAGAUUUGCAUGAAUUUCUUAUUAAUGAAACUGAAUUGGGUUAUAUAAGCCGUCAAGAGGUGUGUAGUAUGAUUCCACCGCUUUUUCUUGAUAUUCAACCACAUCAUUUGGUGUUAGAUGCAUGUGCUGCUCCAGGAAGUAAAACUGCACAAAUAAUUGAAUUAAUGCAUGUUUCAUCAACAAAUCCAAGUGGAAUGGUUGUUGCAAAUGAUAUUGAUUAUAAAAGAUGUUAUUUACUUGUCCAUCAAACAUUAAAAAGAAUGCCAACAGCUGAUGUUGUUGUUGUUAGUCAUGAUUCUGGUCAAUUCCCAGUUAUGCUAGAUUCUAACAAACAACCAUUACUCUUUGAUAGAAUUUUAUGCGAUGUUAUUUGCAGUGGUGAUGGGACUUUUCGAAAAAAUCCGGAAUUGUGGAAUAAUUGGGAACCAAUGAAAGGAAUUCAUCUUCACAAAUUACAAUUACAAAUUGCUCGUCGUUGUUUUGAACUUCUUAAACCUGGAGGUUUGAUGUGUUAUUCUACUUGUUCUUUGAAUCCUUUGGAGGAUGAAGCUGUAAUUGCACAAUUAUUAAGACAUUUUAAUAAAGAAAUUGAAUUAGUAGAUAUUUCUGGAAAAAUUCUGGAUUUAAAAAGAACAAAAGGAAUUAGUUAUUGGAAGGUUUUUAACAAAAAUCUGGAAGAAUACUCUUCCAUAGAUGAUGUUCCGAAAGAAGCUUUACGUCAUUUUAAGCCUUCAAUGUUUCCUCCUAAAAGUGAAGAAAUUGAAUCAAUGCAUUUGGAUUAUUGUUUUAGAAUUUUGCCACAUCAACAAGAUACUGGAGGAUUUUUUGUUGCUAUUUUAAGACGGAAAGAGAUAGUUAAAGUAAAUGUAGAAAAUGAUUCCACAGAUGAACAGCAACAACAACCCUUGAAGCUUAACCAGCCAACAACGCUUAUAAGAAAAUCAACAGUUACCAGAAAAAGAAGAGGUUUUGUUCAUAAAGAAGAUCCAUUUAUUUUUCUUGCCAACCAUAGUGAUGAGAAUGAAUUAAGAGAGGCAUUGAAGGAAUAUUUUGGCAUUUUACCAGAAAAUUUUUCUCAUCAAAAUUUACUUGUACGUUCAACAAAUACUGAAAGGAAAAAAGAAGUUUAUUAUGUGAAUGAUUCUCUAAAAGAAUUUUUAAUAAAUAAUGAUGGACGUUUCAAAAUUGUAAAUGCUGGAAUGGGAAUUUUAAAGAAAAUUAUCAAUGAUAAAGUAUCGCCUUGUCCUUACAGAAUUAAACAGGAUGGAUUACCUAUUCUUAUACCCUGGAUUACUAAACGAAUUAUUGAUAUACCUACCUCACUUUUCAUUCGGAUUUUGCAUGGUGGUCAAACUAAUUUAAAAGAAAAAGAAACUUCACAAUAUUUACCAUUAAUUGAACUUGGAGAAGAGGAACAUUUUUUAUUUAAAGGUUUAGAACCAGGUACAAUAAUUCUCCGUCUUCUUGAGCCUUUUCCAAAAGAAGUUUGUGCUUGGAUAGGUGCUAAUUCAAUAAGUGCUUUUGUUUCACGUGAGGAACGUUUUCAUUUAUUGUGCAUAUUGGGUGAAGAUAUUAUCAAAUUAAAAAGGAAAACUGUUACAUGUCGACAGGAAAAAGCAGCAGCCAAAUUAAAUAAAGAAAAAGAUUUAAUAAAUGAUUUGGAGGAAAGUAAGGAGGUUUAA